AUGAGCCGUCCCAGAGAACAAGCCUCCAAACCCAUCAAAUCACGAGAUAUUGGCCCAAAAGGAUGUUGAAACAUUGUGGGGGUGAAGACCUAGAGGUGCAUUGUGGUCGCCUACUCAGCAAAUACCGACAAUACAGGCAUUGUAAAGGGAACGAGAAAAAUAAGAACAUACAGAUGAUGGAUGGUAGCACAGGUGACGAGGGCAAAUUCCCAUCCUGUUCGAGAAAAGUCCUCCACCGGCUUUUCCACCAUCACCAAAUUGACGGGACGGCCCAGCGAAUAUCAAAUCCCAAAUUGGAAGAGAAAAGUGCGGCAAACGGAGAGGAGGAGGGAGAAGGACUCCUGUCAAAGAUGUCGACGUGUACUUCUCUCUCAAAUGGCAAUAAUUACUUGCUCUCGAUACGUGGCGUAGCAAAGUGCGGACACGGGAGAGGGAAGGGCCUUCUCCUAAUCGUCACUGCUUCCGCGCUCGCUUCCCCUGAGGCCUCCUCAGCUCGCAAGCUUUAG